AGACCAUUCCGUCCUCUCCUGCCUACGGCCUUGGGAACUCAGAAUUCCAAGCACAGCUCUGCAGCCUGGUCCAUUCCUCCAGGCUGUCAGACCAGUGCCCACACUAUUUGCUGUUUGUGUUCUAGAAUAACCUCUGAGAACGUGGCUGAGCGGUUUGGCAUUUCACGGGAGAAGCAGGAUACUUUUGCCCUGGCAUCCCAGCAGAAGGCAGCAAGAGCCCAGAGCAAGGGCUGUUUCCAAGCUGAGAUUGUGCCUGUGACCACCAUGGUCCAUGAUGACAAGGGCACCAAGAGGAGCAUCACUGUGACCCAGGAUGAGGGUAUCCGCCCCAGCACCACCAUGGAGGGGCUGGCCAAACUGAAGCCUGCCUUCAAGAAGGACGGUUCUACCACAGCUGGAAACUCUAGCCAGGUGAGUGAUGGGGCAGCUGCCAUCUUGCUGGCCCGGAGGUCCAAGGCAGAAGAGUUGGGCCUUCCCAUCCUUGGGGUCCUGAGGUCCUAUGCAGUGGUUGGGGUCCCACCUGACAUCAUGGGCAUCGGACCUGCCUAUGCCAUUCCGGUAGCUUUGCAAAAAGCAGGGCUGACUGUGGCUGACGUGGACAUCUUUGAGAUCAACGAGGCCUUUGCGAGCCAGGCUGCCUACUGUGUGGAGAAGCUACGACUCCCACCUGAGAAGGUGAACCCUCUGGGGGGUGCAGUGGCCUUGGGACACCCACUGGGCUGCACUGGGGCACGACAGGUCAUCACGCUGUUCAACGAGCUGAAGCGCCGUGGGAAGAGGGCAUAUGGAGUAGUGUCCAUGUGCAUCGGGACUGGAAUGGGAGCUGCUGCUGUCUUUGAAUACCCUGGGAACUGAGUGAGGCCCAGGCUGGAGGCGCCGCCCACACAGACCUGCUCUAGCAGCAAGGCAGCAGCACUGCAGAAGCAGAACCGCACGGGAAAACUCAGCACUGGUGGUGGUGGCGGCGGACAGAUCAAGGCACUUCAACUCGUUUGGAAAAUGUGAACACGGCUGACAUGGUCUAGGAGUGGGUGGGGUGUUGAGCCACCCAUCAGACCCUCGUUAGCUGUGCAAGACAAAGGCAGCCUAGGUCACCCAGGCCACAAGGCCACGGUUAAUUCCCAGGGCAAGGCGAAUUCAUGGAUGAGAAGCGCAACAGACAUAGUAAAUGUGCAAGAAUUUA